GCAGUUUUGUCCCUCCCCACUGGAGAUCCCCCCCCCGGGACCCCGUCUGGGGGGAGGGGAGCGGUUACUCCUAAGGACGCCAGCCCCAUUUCUUGUCUGGUUUGCAAGUGACACUUGGUGCUUUGGGUGUCUCCUCCGCGGGUCUGGUGGAGCAGGGGGCGGGAUAGGGCAGAGGAGGACGCUGCGGGAUUAUUUCCUGUCCUGUUUCUAGGCUUUAUUACAAAGAGGACUUUCAGUAGGGUAUUUGUAGCGUUUCUGGCUUCUUUUUGCCUAUUUUUUACCUGUCCGGCGAGUUCUCCGUAACGGUGUGGUUUGUUCUAGUGAGCAAUGGUUUGCCUAUGACCCCCCCGGGGUGAAGGCUGGCUAGAGGACUCUUGUAUGGGGUAGCUUGCGAAUUAUCCACUAAAAAAGUAAAGAUGCCUCUGAGGAACCGGUAGCAACUGAGGGUGCCUGGUUUUGUCUAAAGAUCUAGCUGUAUCUUCUGGUGGGGAAUGCCUGGAGCUCACUGUUAACAUGCUUGUUAAAUAUGUUUAAUCUUAAGGUUGUGCUGCAGGCUGACGAAAGCCAAGUCAUUCAGAGGAACACUUGUGCUGGAAUUAAUUGAGGUACAGACUGUUCCUGUGAUUUCUUCUAUGCCCUGUGCUGCUGUAAUCUCCUUGGCUUGGAGUCUGAACCCUUCUGUCUUGCCUGUCACCUCUGCUUUGGGCCUGCACUCAGGAGUUAUUCUUCUCUUCCUGAUGUUUUGUUUGGUGCUGGGAUUGCGACUUGGAAGCUGAGCAGAAAUGAGCUUGGGCCUGCAAUGGAAAGGUGGUGAUGAGAACACAAAUAGGUUCGUAACAGACAGGCAAGAGAAGUGAUGUGCAGAAGGUGGACCAGACGAUGAUUCACAAUCUAUAUUCCCUCCUCUUCUCCACUUUUGAGAGUGCUUCUCAUUCUGGCACUCUUGUUAAAUUGUCAUCCUCUUCUGUGUCCCACCAAGGGACCAGCUAGAUUGAAAGGCUGCACUAAUUUGCUUAUGUUUAUGUAUAUAGUGCAGUCUGUAACGGCUUUGUUUAUGUGGGUAUUACCUAGCAGUUUCCAUGCUGCAUCCGACUAUAGUCCACGUCUCUGCCAAGUGCUUAUCUAUGAAACCGCACAACAGCCAACUACAGAAUAAACUUGCCUACAGGGGAAGAUUUUUUUUUCUUCUCCCUGGGUAAUCAGUGGUUGCCUUAUACCCUGAAACAUGAGUCUCUUCUUAAAUUCUUACUCUAGCUAGUGUAACUGCAGAUAUUCUUUUAGUAGAAAUCGCUCUAAAUUAAUGCUGGGGAUGGAGUGGAAUAUGUGGGACUGGAAGAGGAGUUUUCCCUGUGAAGUCGCCAGCCCUAAGAAGUUUGGUGGCUUUCCUGAAUUAAAUAUUAACUGUUAAAUAUAGCGUCGUAAGGCAAAUUGGUUAGUGAAGCAUUCUAUUGAUAUUGGAGUGUCCUGUUGAGUAUCAAAACAGUGCAACUCUGGGUGAAGUUUUGGGUUGAUUUUUGACGCUUGUCCCUGACGUCUGAGAUGUUUCCAGCAAUGAAUGGGAGCCAUCAAUUGCUGCUGAAUCCAAAGUCACCUCUUAAUGAGAAAAUAAUAUGAAGAUGAAGCUUUUGAGUGGGGCCUGGGAUAUGGUCCAGUAGGAAUAUUGCUACCCGUAGAAUUCUUGCCAGGGGAUUGUCUAUUCCUGGGCCUUGCUGUUAUCCACCAUCCUUCUCUUGUAUCUGCUUUUGGCUCAGGCUUCGUACUAGAAGGUGUUUGGUGCGUUUUCUUAGUCCCCUGUGUUAUGCAUCUGGAAGGAUUACAACUCCUGUUGCUGCUUGAUUGUAAGAGUUGCUCCUUGGCGAGUGUUCCCCUCCUCUUCAAGCGUGCGAGCGUUGGCUGAGCAUGGACAAGAGCCUCCGGUUGUCUUCAAGACACAUUUUUGCUUCCGGUUUCUGUUGAGUUUGUCCAAAAACCUCUUGAGAAAUGGUCUAACAGAGCCGCCUGGCAUCUGAGGUCCACAGCCUGGGCUGGAUUCUUCACCCCCAGUUCAGGCCAGCCGCUUGGGCUCAGUAUCUCGACAGAGUCGGUUCCCUCGACUGGGAAGCUGAAGCUGUGUCUGCUAAAACCCCAUUUCUUUUUCCCAAGCAUGUCAGAAAGCUGGCAGCAGCCCCCACCACAGCAACCGCCAGCCCAGCAACAACACCACACGGGGGCAGCAGCCCUCUCCGAGCACGCCAUCCCGUCGAGCACCGCCGAGAACCCUUUGGGUUGCGCCGUCUACGGCAUCCUGCUCCAGCCGGACCCCAGCCUGCAGCACCACCAGCACCCCCCAGUCCAGGCGGGAGAGCCGUCCCACAAAUGCGGGGUGUGCGGCCACGACCUCACUCACCUGUCCAGCCCACACGAGCACCAGUGUCUGCCAGGGCAUGACCGCUCCUUCCAGUGCACCCAGUGCCUGAAGAUCUUCCACCAGGCCACUGAUCUCCUGGAGCACCAGUGCAUCCAGGUGGAACAGAAGCCCUUUGUGUGUGGGGUCUGCAAGAUGGGCUUCUCCCUGCUCACCUCCCUGGCCCAGCACCACAACGUCCACAACGGCAGCGCCAUGAAGUGCUCCAUCUGUGAGAAGACCUACAAGCCGCCCGAGGCAGAGCCCUCCCAGGCCCCCGACCCCACGGAGAAGCCCUACAGCUGCUCCAUUUGCCAGAAGACCUUCAAGCACCUCUCGGAGCUCUCCCGGCACGAGCGCAUCCACACCGGCGAGAAGCCGUACAAGUGCACCCUGUGCGACAAGAGCUUCAGCCAGUCCUCGCACCUGGUGCACCACAAGCGGACGCACAGCUCGGAGCGGCCGUACAAGUGCACGGUGUGUGAGAAGACCUUCAAGCACCGCUCGCACCUGGUGCGCCACAUGUACGCCCACUCGGGCGAGCACCUCUUCAAGUGCAGCGUCUGCGAGCUGCACUUCAAGGAGUCGUCGGAGCUGCUGCAGCACCCGUGCACGCCCAGCGGGGAGCGCCCCUUCCGCUGUGGCGCGUGCCACAAGGCCUUCAAGCGCCCCUCGGACCUGCGGCAGCACGAGCGCACGCACAGCGAGGAGCGCCCCUUCAAGUGCGACCUCUGCCAGAUGAGCUUCAAGCAGCAGUACGCCCUCAUGCGCCACCGCCGCACCCACAAGGCGCCGGAGCCCUUCAAGUGCAACUUGUGUGAGAAGGGCUUUGUGCAGCCUUCGCACCUGGUCUAUCACCAGCAUGUGCACGGCAUCGAGAACCUCUUCAAGUGCAACGUCUGCCAGAAGGGCUUCAACCAGUCCUCGGAGCUGCUGCGGCACAAGUGCCUCUCGCAUUGCGCCGAGAAGCCGCUCAAAUGCACCGUGUGCAACAAGGCCUACAAGAGGGCCUCCGCCCUGCAGAAGCACCAGCUCUCGCAUUGCGCCGAGAAGCCGCUCAAGUGCACGCUGUGCGAGAGACGCUUCUUCUCCUCCUCAGAGUUUGUGCAGCACCGCUGCGACCCGGCGCGCGAGAAACCCCUCAAGUGCCCGGACUGCGAGAAGCGCUUCAAGUACGCCUCCGACCUGCAGCGGCACCGGCGCGUGCACACGGGCGAGAAGCCGUACAAGUGCCCCUCGUGCGAGAAGGCCUUCAAGCAGCGCGAGCACCUCAACAAGCACCACAGCGUGCACGCCCGGGAGCAGCAGUACAAGUGCAUGUGGUGCGGGGAGCGGUUCCUGGACUUGGGCCUGCUGCAGGAGCACAGCGUCCAGCACACGGCCGAGGGAGCGUACCAGGUGGCUGCCUGCUUGCCGUGAGCCUCCGCCGCGGGCUUCAGCUUGCCUGCAAACUUCCUGGAGCAGCCCUCUCCCCUCUCCCGAUCAGACAGGAUUCACGCCCACAGGUGGGAGCAGAGCCGUGCGUCUGCUUGGCGGAGAU